AUGAGUAGCGAAAAUGGUAUAAAUUAUCAAGAUUUAUUGAGAAAAAUACCAUUAUACAAUAGUUACGGAACAAACUAUCCAAAACAGAUACCUCCAAAAUUGGAAUUACAUGAAAUAGUGCCAUUAAAUUACAAAUUACAACCAUUACCACCCUUAAAUGAAAUAUUUGAUCCUUGGAUCGAACAAUGUGAUAAAUUAUUAAAUGAAUGCAAGGAGUACAAAGAAGAACCAAGAAAGUUUGAAGAAUUUUAUUUUAAAAAAUAUUUGAGCCAAAUACCACCAAGUUUGUUAGAUCGUAAGGUCUUAUCUCCCAAUAAAAUAAGUCCUACGAAUAACAUAUAA